CGGCCUUUGUGGCAGCGCAGCGCUCACCGAAGCUGUCCCCAGCCGCUCCGAUCGCUUCGCACGUGCACCCGUGCAGCGCAUCGAUCCGAUCGGCCCUCGGCGCCGGCACCCGGUGAGCCGGCAGGGCUCCGCAGCAGCAGCUGCCAACUCGGCCAAGCGCCGCGCCGCCGCUAGCGCACCGCUAGCAGCGCGCAAACGACACAAUUGCGCUCGCCGCCCACAACGCCAUGCCCGGGUCGGGACCGCGCGUCGACCCGAGCGCCUACGCCGCGACGCGGCAAGCGAACAUCGCGCGCGCCGCGGAGCUGCGCGCCCAGCGUAGAGCUGAGAGCAACGGCGGCGAUUCGUUGGAUGCGCUGACCCAGGACGCGCGGCCGGCGCGCAAACCGAGGAAGGAGGUUGCGCCCGGCUGGACGCAGCACACGUGCAAGAAGACCGGGAAAAGUUAUUAUCACCACGCGGCCACCGCAAAAACGACGUGGACGCGGCCGCCGGGGUGCUACGACGAGCGCGAGAACGUCCAUCCUUCCCAGAAUGACGUGCCUCUGCAGGAGGCGAACGGUAGAUCUAGAAGAAGGGACGACGACGUCAGGGCGAGUUCGUCGCAGAUGAGCGAGAGCGAGUUCGAGAGCUGGCUGGAGGUUCUUAAAAGACGUACUCUCACUGGUUCGCAAGCUAGACGGGCGUCGUCGGCGUUGGCGCGCUACGGCGCCGCGGCGCUGGACGAGCCCCAGCUCGGACGGAGCGACUCGCUCCAGUCUCUGAAAAAUUCAUUGCGAUCGAAGCGGGGCCAGACCUCGGAGACGCUGCGGACCAAGUCCGCCGCUGAUAUUGUUGAUGAUGAGCCUCAGGAGGAGCCCGUCCGUCGCGCGAAGACGGAGCAGAACAGGAGACCUCGAGGGAGGCCGGAGUGGAAUUCCGACUUUGCGACGGACACUACCGCUGAUGAUGAUCGUAGACGCGAGGAGGAGGAGGCCGAGCAGCAACGGGCGCUGGCGCAGCGCCGGCGAGCUGCCCCUAAACCUGUGGACGACCUGCCGGCGGGCUGGACGAAGCACGUCGACAAGCGCACGGGCGCGACCUUCUACCGGGACGAAGCCGCCGGCGAGUCGACGUGGACGAAGCCGACGCAGCCGGCGCGCGGCGCGGCGCCCCCUCCUCAGGAGGAGGCCUACGACGAGCCUCCUGCACAGAAAGGCUACGACGCCUCGGGCGCCGGCGCGCGCCACCGGACCAUGUGGAAGCCCACCAACGACGAGGAGGAGGACCAGGGCCGGUGGAGCCCGCCCGCCCGGGCGCAGCGCCAGGCGUCGCCCCAGAAGCGGUCGCCGGUCAAGCGCCAGGCGUCGCCGGGGCCCGCGGCUCGCAUGAGCCCCGGACCGGAUAAUGGCGGUGUGCCCGACGGCGCCGCGAACGCGCGGUUAGAUGAUGCUUGUACGACGUGCGGGCGGAAGAUGGCCGGCACCGCUCUAGAUCGCAUGGAAAAAAUUCACGGCCAGCGCUGCUGCCCGAAGUGCGCGCCGAAGAAAGCUCGCAAAACCUUCAACAUGGCGGCCAAGCGCGCUGACGGCUUCGACGGCGACGAGCGAAGGAAGGUCCUCGACGGGGCCAAGCAGGUCAAGCGCGAGCUGAAGCAGAAGAAGAACUCCUUCGGCGGCUCUGGCGUCAAGGAGGGCAAGUGGAAGGCCCAGUCGAAUCAGUUAAGAGAGGCCAUGGCGAACAUGCGCGCGAUCACCAAGGCGGAGAAGGAGGGAAAACCCUUGCCGCCGGCGAUGCCGAGCGGGCCGGACAUGUCUCUCAUAGGCUGCCCGCACUGCGGCCGGCGCUUCAAUCAAAAAGCGGCUGAAAGACACAUCCCGAAGUGCCAGUCGAUCAAAGCCAAGCCCAAGACUCUUACCAGAGGCUCCGGGCGCGGCCUCGGCCGGCGAUAGGCUGCAGCUCGUCCCUCCCCGCGACGCGCGCCCCUCGCCUCCGAUUUUAAAUUAGAUUUCGAUCA